GGGGGAGAGCGGGCGAUGGCGGCGGCCAUGAAGCGGCGGGGCGGCGGGCCGGGCUGGGCGGCGAGGUGUCUGCGGGACUGGGCGGCUGAGAGCGGGGCCCUGGCCAAGCGCUGGCGGGCGGCGCAGCGCUUGGGGCCCGGCAGAGCGAUGGCGCUGGAGAUGCAGCAGCUGCGAGGCGGUUUUGGGGAGCUGCUCGUCAAGAUAAGGGGGCUGCCACCUGCCAUCCCCACUCUGCCUCUGGAGCUUACUGUCAUCUACAACUCCUCGCUUCUUGCUAUGAGAGCAUACGACUCUGCGAGUGAAGGAGAAGCAGAAGUAAUACGCCAGGGGCUCCUCAGGGUUCUGGAGGCUCAUGGGGCCUGCGGGCAGGAUCUUAGCAUCGAGGAGCUAUGGCAGAAGGUGCUGCAGGAGGUAACUGUGAAGGAGCUGCAGGCAUCUUUGCACCGGCUGGGAGCUGUGCAAGCAGCGUGGUGGCUGGCAGCCAGCUGCCUGGGAAGCACUGUCAGCCUUUUCAGGCUCCUGAGCAACACUGAGGGCCAGGGAACAGCUCACUGCAGCAAGGGGGAGAACGAACUCCUCUCCCUGCUCAAGGCAUGGCAAGUACCUGCUGAGCAGGCCUCCCUGUCCCUUCUACAGAGCACCAAGUACUUGAAAGAGAUCCUCUUCACUGCAGCAGCCUUCCUGCAAGGGCUGCAGCAGCUGGAGGCUGGGAACUUCCCCACUGCCUUCUCCCUCCUUCAGGACGCUGCAGGAGGAUUCUGCUCCAGGAUGGUCCUGGCCCAGAUCUACACCUGCCUUGGCUGCUGUGCUCAGCGAAUGGGCAAACCUCAGACUGCCCUUCAGUACUUGAAAUGGGCCCUCCAGACAGAAUUCCAGUGCCUUCCUGCCCUGUUCCACGUGGCAGCAGUGUACCACGAGCUGGGGAAGACCGAUGCGGAGCUGCAGGCCCUGGCUCUGCUCUAUGAGGCUCUGGAAGAAAAACCUCCAGCAGCUGCUUCCUCUACCCCAUAUUUCCUAAUCCAAAUAGAGCUUCUUGUCCACACAUCAAUACUAGCUUCUCUCCUUCGCCAUUGCCACCCCUCUGAAGUGAAGUACCUGCUGGCACAGCGGUGUCUCCAGGAAGGGAGGGUGGCCGAUGCAGUGGAACAUUACCUGGAUUUUCUGGCCCUGCUUCAGGAAGGGCUACAGCAGCAGAUACCCGUAGGUGGUAGCUCAGCCCUGCCCAGGAUCCCCGAGGUGUUCCUGGAAGCAGCGUCUGCCUUGGGGCAGGCUGGGAGGCACCAGGAUGCCAUAACUGUAUGUGAGGAAGUCAUCAGCCGUACGACUGACCUCGUCCCACGGAUAUUACGACUGGAGAGGCUGGAGUGCCCAUCACCAGGGGCAGGGCUGGCGGGUGGACUCCUGUCCCAGAAGGAGAGUCUGUGUUGCCUUAUCUGGAGAACAGCUGGAUACCUGCACCAGGGCUGGGCAUGGGCCAAUCUGCAUGAGAGGAAGGAGGCUGUAAUACAGUUCAGCAGGUGCCUUGGCGAUCUCUUGCGAGUCCAGCUUUGUGGGUCUGGUGAGCUGAGAGUGCCAGAGAACCUUGUGCCAGAGAAUCUCCUGUCAGAAGUGGCGGUGCUCCAGAAGAUCAGGUUGCUCUCUCUCAUCGGGCGAGGUGCGCAGUUCCUGGAGCUGGGGAGGCACAAGGAAGCCUUGCUGGAUUUCCAGCAUGGUUUGCAGAUCUCGCCAGAUGAUCCAGCUGCUGCCCAUUACCUGGUGUACACCUUGUGGAAACUGAACCGAAAGCAGGAGGCAGCUGCUUACUGGCAGAAGUUCUUCCAGAGGCCUCCUGGGGAGGACGGGCAGGAAAGGACCUUGCCAUUGUACCUGGUUUCAUGUCUGAAGCAGGCGAUGUUUCCAGCCAGUGAAUCUUUAGCCAGAAUCAUACAGGAUUACCUCAGGACCACAGACUAGAACCUGUUGAGCUAUCCCAGUCGGUCUCCUUAUCCCCACCUGCUUAAGUCUCCCUGUAUCAGGCUGUCAUGAGGCCUUUAAGGACUCCUCUAAGACUCAGAAUUACUCUUGAAUAAACCUGGAUUCCCAAGAGACUGAAACAGAAUAAAUCUCAUUUUUUAAAA